AUGUAUUUCGACUACAACUUUGUGGAGACUCGGCCACUAGCAUACAGCACCCCUCACUCCAUUAAUGUGGAUGGGUACGUCCACCAUCAAUGCCCCAGUUCCAUUUUUUGUCCCGGCUUUGUUCAGCACAAUCAACAGCAGUCGAAACCUUCGCAUUCACAUCCUCAUUCCCAAGUAGUUCCAAAGGGUCAUGUCUACAAGGACAAUGAGGCACUUCCAAUUUGUCGGAGCCUUCAAGAGCUACCGACCUCAACUUCUGGAAGUACUAGUUGGGACAUAAAUGACAAACAGCUCCCGAAGACCUCUACUUCAGGCAAACAAUGCGUACGGAAAGGUUGUCCAGGUCAAAUCUACCUCCAUCCGUGCCGUGGCAACGAAGGUUAUCCCGUGACUCAUUUUUGGCGCGAAGUCGGUGACCUUGUGUUCUUCCAGGCCAAAGGUACUCACGGCCACUUGCGUCCCAAUGCCAAGGCCGCUCGUAGCAAGCCAAACCGCUCAAAGUCUUCAAAUCCGUCUACCGAUUUCACCUCCCCUCGGCGACCCGGUCUCUCUGAAACUACCAUCAGUUCAGUAGAGAUGUGCUUUUCCCCUCAAGCAGAUACGUACUUUGGGACCCAUCUGCCAUCGUUUAUAACGGAGAGGAACGUAGCCACGACGAAUGCACCCUUUUGUUAUCCUUCUCAAAUGGGUGUUAGAAGUUUUGACGGUGGUAUCGAUGGCACUAGUUUGUGUAGUCCUCCGCCCUCUCAACUAACGUUAUCGAUGCCACAAAACUUUCAUCGGUGUCCCACUGUGAGUUCCCAGCUUUAUCAGAAUAGCUCAUCGAAAAUGGGCUCCCAUGGGAUGGGUCCGAGCAAUGGUUCUUGGUGCACCCUUGCUUUACACCUGCCGUCCUCCGUUGAGGAAACUAGUGACUUCUCCCCGUGGGCGUAUCACGUUCCCGAAGGCACCUCCGGAUUCUGUUCUGACGUUAACACCUUCCAAAACUUCAACUAUCAACAUCGUUAUUCGCGUCCUUUGAGGGCAUCGAGUUGGUCUCUGCAAGUGCACGAUGCCCAUGGACACUCUUCAACCAUGAAUUCCUCUUAUCUUCCUUAUGAUGGCUCCCCUCUUCAAUCUUCUGGCGCAUCUAGUCACUGCAGCUCUAAUCAACGAAUUUCAAGAUGA